AUGGUGCUCCCCCACUUGAAUACGACGGAGAGCGCGCAGGUGUUGGAAGCGCUCUUCGAAUCGGCAGCGUCCCACUCCGUGCCAUUGCUGCUCUUGGAAACCUUUAUGUUAGGUGUGCUGUGCGCAUGCGUUCCCCUUGCGACAUACAUCCUAUGGAUUCGGCCGAACAUCGUCUCACGGAUACCAUCCAUCUCCUUGGUUUGGCUCGCCCUUAUAGCCAUGAUCAUACACUGGACGCUAUCACUCAGGGAGAUCGAGCGGGCACUCAAUGGGCGGUCUUUGGGUAUAUUCGUCUCUAAUGAGAAGCUUUGGAAUGCCAUCAACAGCGCAGACAGGAAGAACGACUGGCCCUCUCCCAGCCAGGAGGAUCUCGUCGGGUAUUCCUACUCUGUCUACGCUCAAGCAUGGCUAUACCUUUUCCCUCUCAUCACUGAGACCGCACUCUUUGGAUUUGCCUCGUUCCUCUUCGCAACCACGGCAUACAGGAGCUUCUGGCAAAACCGCUCACAAGGCUACUCGUGGUCUAAUGUGGCCAUACCUGUCAUGGCGUCGUUGAUGUAUGUCCUAUCAUUGGCGCAUUGGGCCGUCUCUCUCCGGUGCUUCACUGUUUCGGCCUAUGCGGCGCCGACAGCGCGAUCAUUCUCGAUUGACACGCUUUCGCUCGACCUAGCCCUUCUGGUCCUGCUCUCUCUCAACGCGGUCCUCAGCGACUCUAUCGUACUUUGGCGCAUGUAUGCUGUCUGGGAAAGAGCUCGGCCCAUUCUUGUCUGUGGUGUCACGCUACUCUUCAUAACGCUAUGCCUCAACAUUGCAAACAUCGUCUCCAACGCAAGAGGGCAACUCGCGGCCUUCAGCAACGGCGUCGCGCAGAACACGAAGGAUACGGAGCUUACUCCCACUUACGGCGGGAGUCGCCUUGGUCUCGCUGCAGCGUUCAUGUCGCUGAUAUCCAAUCUGUGCGCGACGACACUCGUUGCCAUCAGAGUUUGGCUGUACAGCACACACUACACAAAGCACCUUCGCGACUCCAACGGUAGCACUCACACCCUGGUCCAACGCUUCAUGGAGCUCCUUGUGGACUCCGGAGUAGCCUACACUACGAUAUGGAUCCUAUUCUGCGCCAGCUUCUUCCAUCGAUUGACAUCCUACACCAUAUACACGCCAGGGCCGACUGACCCAUACCCCACGAUCACCGCGGCCAGCCACCUCGAUGCGGCCAUGGCACAACUCACGUCCAUCUAUCCCCUCACCGUCUUCAUCCUGGUCGCCCUGGAUAAGAUCCACCACUCGCAAGGACCGCGGAGUCUGUCGAACGAUAGUUGGCCCUGGAAGCGGGAGCCCGUCGUGGCCGUCACUCUUGAGGUCGAUGUGGAACGCAAUGUCCCGAUGACCCCGACUUCUGCGUCCCCGAUGUUGAUGUUCCAUAGCGUCACGGGUAGCCCGUCUACGAGUGACGCGAAGCUACCGGGACUACAGCACCGUAGCGCUUGA